AUGACCGUCGAUCCCAGUAUCCAAGAGGUGACACAAAAUGUCGAGCCUCCUCAGGUCGAUCCUCAUCGUUCCCACGAUCCCAGCAACAACCUGAAACGGACCGACCCCUUCCAAUUCGGCUCAAGAUACCUUGAAAAGGGCGAUGAUGUUUUUGAGUUCAAUGCUUGGGAUCACGUCGAGCCAGACGAUGAGUUUAAGGCUUUCGCCGAGACCCAAUAUGCGAGACAGCGCGAAACACGUGUGUCGGACUUUGAUCGCAAUCGGUUCAACCAAGACCCCGCCAAGUGGUGGGACCUUUUCUAUAAGAACAACACAGCCAACUUCUUCAAGGAUAGAAAGUGGCUGCGCCAAGAAUUCCCCAUUCUCGCUGAUGUGACACAAAAGGACGCGGGUCACCAGGUUGUGCUGGAGGUUGGUGCAGGAGCCGGAAAUACCGCCUUCCCAUUGCUGGCCAACAAUGAGAAUGAGCAUCUGAGAGUCCAUGCCUGUGAUUAUUCCAAGUAUGCCGUGAAGGUCAUGCGCGAGAGCGAGCUCUACAAUGAGAAAUACAUGUCCGCUGAUGUCUGGGACGCAACCGCUGUGCCUGACGAGAACGGCGACUCUCUUCCGCCCGGUCUGACCGAAGGCUCAGUCGACGUUGUGAUUCUAAUCUUCAUCUUCUCCGCCCUGGCCCCUAACCAGUGGGACCAGGCUAUCCGCAAUAUCUACCGUCUCCUGAAGCCCGGUGGCCGUGUGUUGUUUCGCGACUACGGCCGUGGUGACCUCGCCCAAGUGCGAUUCAAGAAGGGUCGAUACAUGGCCGAGAAUUUCUACAUCCGAGGUGAUGGCACACGUGUUUACUUCUUCGAUAAGGACCAGCUCAUCGACAUGUGGAGUACCUGGAGCGCAGAAAGCGGAUUGCAGAUUCCUAUUGGUGAUGAGAACCCCACCGAAGAAGCAUCCGAGGAAAAGAAAGAUCCUCAGCCCGCAGAGGAGCUGUCUGCAGAGGCCAAACAACUGGCAAAGGACAGCGGAGCGUUUGAGGUCCUUAACAUGGGGGCUGAUCGGCGACUAAUUGUCAACCGUGGGACCAAACAAAAGAUGUACCGCUGCUGGAUGCAGGGCAACUUCCGAAAGCGCGGUGGAGCUGAGUCUGAGGCUAAGGCUGUCACCGAGAACACUCAAUAA